GUGCAAAGGGAGCCAAGCUCUGAACCACUCGGCCUUGACCAUUAGCAAUAAAAUUGAACAUGCCCAGCCUCCUCCCAAGCCGCGACAUGAACCUGCGCCACAGUAUACCUCUCCGCAAGCUCAUGAUCCCAUCGCACAACAACAACAUUAACCAAGCCACUCCCAGGCCCCGUACUUGGAAAAGAGCCUUUAUCAAACAAAUCAAUCUCGCCCUCCACGCGACUAGGGCCCUCCCGUCGCUUAUACACGUCACUGAGACGAGAUAUCUCGACCAUAUCAAGGUUGAGUUCCGUCCCCAGCAGCCUGUCGUCUUUCAAGAUUGCGUACCAUAUCCCGCAGUGGCGGUUUUGGCAAUCGUAGAUGCGGAGUAUCAGUUGCUGGCCUUCGCCGUGGAUCUGGUUUUGGCGGAUGCUGAGAUAGUCGGGGCGAAAGUGACGUUGGAGGCGGAAGUAGAGGGAUGCGUGCACGGUGCCAGCCCAGAAUUGGAGCGUGUGUGGGCCGAGGUCUGGGGCUGAUAUAGGCGGGUGUGUCGUCGAUGUGGAUGUGGUUUGGGAGGUGCUGGCUCGGUGAGUGUGGAUCUCGAGGUGGCG